CCAAGUGCUGGGAUUACAAGCAUGGGCCACCGUGCCCGGCCUAAAUAAAAUUUUGAAGAGGCUAGAGCCCCGCACUUGUGCCUUGAGCUUACCUCAACACCCUGGUUCCACUAAAACUUUAUUGACAAAAUUAUGCUGCCGGUCUGCAGGAUGUAGUUUAACAAUUUGAUUAUUUUGGAUAUUGUUUACGGUUACCAAAGUUUUUGGACCUUAAAUUCUGUACCAGAGGUGAGUGCCGCACCCUAACCUUGUCUGAGUUUUUAUGUGUAAAGAUCAUAAAACGUUGUAAGUUUUCUAAAACACAUAAGCUCUCAAUAAACGUUAGCUUAUCAUUGUCACCUUUUUGUUCGUAAUGUUUGAAAACUCCAGCUGUGAUCCACUACCCUUGUGGGAUGCUGUCUCUUUUAACUCUGUGCCACGUUGUAUCCCAUGAGUUCUUGCGUUUUUCCGCCCCGCUGUAUCCCAUGGUUCCUUGUGCCUUCCGGCUACGACUGCUUACAGCCCCGCCUCUUCCUCUGCGUGCCGGACCAUGGCGCAGGGGCAGCGCAAGUUCCAGGCGCACAAACCCACAAAGAGCAAGACGGCAGCGGCGGCCUCUGAAAAGAAUCGGGGCCCAAGAAAAGGCGGUCGUGUUAUCGCUCCGAAGAAGGCGCGCGUCGUGCAGCAGCAAAAGCUCAAAAAGAACCUAGAAGUCGGGAUCCGGAAGAAGAUCGAACAUGAUGUGGUGAUGAAAGCCAGCAGCAGCUUGCCCAAAAACCUGGCACUGCUGAAGGCCCCAGCCAAGAAGAAAGGGGCAGCUGCUGCCACCUCCUCCAAGACACCUUCCUGAGGACGCUGGCCCCAGCGCAGGCCAACACCCCACCCCCUACCUCCAUAUGGGACCUUGCAAGUCAUCCCACAGGCUGCACUGUCAGGAAGAGAGGACCCUGUCCCCCAGCACUGGGCUUCACCUAGAACUUGAGUGGGGGCCAAGGGUGCUGAGAACCCAGCAAUGACCAGGAAGAUACAGUCACCAACUUCAUCUGUCCCCGUGCCCCUUCCCAGGUCCUGCCUCCACAGGUUUAACCCAGAACAAUAAACCUGGCUUUGUCAUCC